AUGAGAUCCCACUAUCCUUUCUACGCCGUCAAUGUUGGCGGCGAACGAUCCGUUGCAGAAUCUUAUGACCAAGCAAAGGCACUCAUAAAUGGAGCCAGCCGUGCUACAACCAAGGGUUGUUCGUCCCGGGAAGAGGCUGAGAUCACGGAGAGUCCCUCAUGCAAGAGCCGCUGGAUUCAUAACAAGCAGUCCAGCUCUGCUACUGAGCUCCCGCCUGCUUCAGAAUUACCUACUCUUUGUACUGCCGUGGCUACUCGGGUUACCCUCCCGAUGAGACCUGCUGGGUCUGUUUCUGCUGCCAGCUCGCAGUCUGCCAAUGACGAUGAACUGCGCGAAGCUAAGAAGGCCAAGAAGCGAUAA